CUUUUGCCUUUUGUAUAGAUGACUUUAUUUUUUCUUUUCUGGAAUUUGGGUUUUUUGGCUGAUCCUGCAAUAAUGCAGUCAUAUAAAUAAUGUUCAGGUAUGUUUUCUUUUCGAAGACUUUUGGUGUGAAAUUUAAGGAAUUCAUCCAAUUAAUUUCGCUUUUGUAUCUUUUCUGAACAAAGAGUAAAAUAUAAUUGAAAAAUUAACUUAAGAUUUUAGUUGAUUUUACUACGUCUAGGAAAAGAUGGAGAAGUUGCGGCAGCUUAGCCACAUCAAGGGUGACACUAGCAAGCUACAAUACCUUGACAAGCACAUUAGAAUCUGGAGCUUCAAAUUAAAAAGGGUGCAUUAGAGUUGCAGAUUUUAGAAAGUGGUCUCAGGGAUUAUGAAUUUGGACCAGAACAAGAGCCUUCUUUGCAUCAAUUAUCUUGGUGUGAGAGAAAUUUGAAUCAUUCUCUAGAACAAGUCGUUGCUAGAAAAAAUGAAUUGGUUGAUAAAUUAUCUACAUCGCUUAAGAAGACAGAUUUUGAGCCAAGUCAAAUGGAUUUCGAUGGUCAACGGGGAAUGUUAUCAUCAAACUUUAAUGAAAAUGGGAUGAAUUUAACAUUAGAAAGCCAUUUCACUGGAAAAAUCUUGAUGGAACUUGAUCCUUGGAUAAGUCCUUACAGUGCUAGAGUUCGAGAGAGCAUACUUCAGGACUUUGUGGAUCAAACAAAAUGCACAAGAAAUGAACACGUGGCAUCAAAUAUACCCAAUUUUUCAAAUCCAACAAAUGUAGGCAAUUAUCCAAUAUUAGAUUCUGCUAACAUUCCAGUGGAGAUGAUAUUUUCCCAAAGCUCUUGCAACAUCCAAGGUCCAAGAUUCACAUCAACGACGACCGUCACACCAAAUGCCACAAGAGAUGAAAUUACGCAACCCUUUUUUGUUGAGAUGGGAAACAAAUUACAAUUGUCAAGAUUAAAUUCGAGCCAAUUAGGCAAAAUGGAUGGGCAAGAAGAAAUUGGUCAACUUAAUAUGGAGUAUUUUAGCAGUUGGUUCAACAAUAUUGGAAGCGGGACAAGAAUUGAUAAUCACGAAGGUUGUUCCCAGUCAGAGUCUCCAUUUUAUAUUCCUCAACAAAAAGAACUUCACCAAGAGACACAAUUUGAUAAUUUUCUUGCACAGGAUAUUACUCUUGGAGACAACAUGAUCAAUCCAUCUAAGGAACAUAAGAGUGGUUCAUGGGAGUGGGAAGAUUUGCUUCUUGAAGAGCAUUUGAACUUACAAGAUUUUUCCUAAGCAAUAAACCUAUUAUAUGAUCGAUAUACAGGAUGGUGGCAAACAAACGACUAUUGCAAUGCCGUAGGAAAUAAACGAGAAAAUCAAAUUUCUUAAAGUUUUUAUUUGGAUAUAUAUUCUUUAGUAUUCAAAGACUAC